AGUGUUUGUGCAGCUGCUGUGCGCCGUUAGUUAUGCUAUACCGGAUUUUUAGGUUUUACAGACUUUAAAGUGUAUUAUAGAUGUUUUAUGAGCUGUUUGUUAACAGAAGAGAUUGUUUUAAUUUAGUUUUACAGUUGUUUUGUAAGUUUAUUCGGAGGCGGAAGAGAAUUUUAAGUGGCGAAUCAACGGCGCUGAGGCUGGAACGUCCGAAUGGAGAGCGAGGCAGGAAUGGAGAACCGAACACCACUGGGCCCGCUGAUUCCCUCGCAACAGAACGGCGAGAGCGGGACUCUGGAUUUCUCCAAGCUCACGCCGGGUCAGUUCGGGAUCACCCCAAACAGCUUCACGGCUUUCCGCAGUGACAAAGAUAAAUCCCGAGUGGCCCAGCUGAAGGCGAGGAGGAGAUCCACCAUCGGCCUGAGAGGUUCCCCCGAGACCAAUUCGCUGAUCUGUUUCAGAGCCAGGCAGGUCGUGAAGAUGCCUCCUCGCACCCCUCAGCACUUGCUGGAGAGUCCGCUGUUUUCGGGCUGUGACUCCAUAAAGCAGAAGAUGGCCGCUUUCCAGCGUCUGAUGGGGACGGACGAGGAGAACACGGAACACUCCGCCUCUCUGAUGGAGGAGGAGGGAGUGAGACACGCCCAGUCUGGCGGCGAUGGCGGUUCAGAGGAGAGGGAGAACCGGCUCGGCCCAGGAACCCCUCCUCUAUCGAAAAGCCGCCGCCGCAGAGGGACUCCUCCCCAGGGUUUACGGGCGGAGCAGAUCGAGGAGGAGCCGCUCUCCAAGCUCUCUCUCACUCCCAAACACGAGCAGCAGGUGGAGUUCAAGGGCCCGAAGAUGGCGCGGGGUUUGGAUUCGGGUUCGAGUUCACAGUCUCAGCUCAUGUGUCUUCCCAUGCUGUCGAAACCCGAGCUGAUCAAAACAGGUGACGGCGAGGUCACGUCCGUGUCCAAAAAGAAGCGCGUUCGUUUUGGUGCGCCGCUGUCCCCCGAGUUCUUCGAUAAAACUCUCCCACCAAGUACCCCACUUCAGAAAGGUGCCACGCCCAUACAGCCACCAUCAUCCGCAGGACGCAAACACUCCCUCCUGAAAACGCCGCAGGGAUUCGAGCUGCCGCUGCCUCAACCCGAUUUCAGCAGCCCUGGAGGGUGCGGAGCGUCUCCGGUCCGCAUGACGCACACGUACAGCGAUGGAGGAGGGGAUGGCGACGACGUGUUUCUGGACAAUCUAAAGAUCUCCCUCCCGAUCAUGGAUGAGGAGUACGAUAAUCCACCGGCCGACAGGAAAGAUUCCUCUGAACCCGCCGAGCUCACGGCGCAUCCCGAGCCCCUCCCUGAAGAUGCUGAAAUCAUGGACGCUACUCUCCAAGAAGAUGAAGAAACCCAGCUUUGCUUUACUGCUCCUCCUGAUCAUCCAACACGUCCUCCAGCAGCAGAACCAGAGCUCCAGACUGAACAGGAAGAGCAGCCUGAGCCGCUGAAGCCUGCUGAGCCCUGCGCUGAAGCUCCUCGGCCUCGUGGGAGAAAGAGGAAGCAACCAGCAGAGAGCAAGCCGACGGAGACCAGAAGGAGCUCCCGCUCUGCUGCCGAGUCCGCCAAGGGCAAAAUGAAGACCUCAUCAGCGAAGAAACGAUUCGGGACCAAGGACGUGGACCGCUCGCUCUACGGCGAGAGAGGCUACGCCUCCAAAAACCCUCUGCUCAGCCCCAUCAUCGAGUCGGCCCUCUCCAGCCUGAGCAGCACGCCAGUACAACCACUAACAAGCGAGAUCACACCUGUCACAGAUGAAAAUCCUGACUCUGGUUCUGCUCCGUCUCUCAGCACGAACGCUGACGCUAGGGCAGAUCUGGUGGCCGCGGCUGCUCUGUGGCGCCGUCACUUCUUACGUCAGGACAAAGACGGCGACUUGGACACUAAUUUGACCGUCGGGAAAGAGCGCUCUGUCCUUAUGGAUGCUCCCGUCCAAUCAGAAGCCUCUGUAGAGUCUUCAGCAGCGACUGCGGAUAAGCGCGCGGGUAGAGCUGCCAGAGGAAGACGGAAUUCUGCGAGCCGCCGGCGGAGCUGGAACGAGUGUGAGGGCGGAGACCAGAAAGCUGACGUCCAUCAAUCAGAAUGUCAUGAAUCCAACCAGGACGAGAAUCCCGCAGGAGGACAGGUCGUCUCUCGGAGUGCAGAGAGGAAAUCGGGUCGGAAAACCCCAAGCAGAGGAAGGCAGAGAGAACGGAAGAGCCCGAGAACAAAAAACAGCUCUGUGGCGGAGGAAGAGGAACACGGAGAAGAACGAAGAGGAUUAGAGAAGACGUGUCAGGACAUGGUGGAAUCUUCAGGAAGUGAGAAAGAAGUAGUGGAGGACAUGAGGCAGACUUCAGGGCACGAAGUCGAGGAGAAAAAGAACAACGAGAACUCUAAUCUGUCUUCAAGUUUCCACGGAGAAAACCUCGAGCCCUGGCAGCAGCCUGACUUCUGCAUCGAGGACGUCUUGAAGCGUGAGCGAGGCUCGGUCAGACGCAGCCUGAGACACCGCAGGAGCAUGGACGUCCUGGCCAAAGGUCUCGCCUGGGUGGAGCACACGUCCCCACAGAUGAUCGCCACGAACCCGAGGAGGAGGACACGCGGCAGGCUGAGCGGCGUCUCUCAGUGUCCUCUGUUUACUGAUUCGGAGGAAACGCUGACCGAACAGUAACCACAGCACGUCUUGAGCUUCGACUUGUGCAUGAAGUUUGAUUAGAUUUUAGAUCGGAUCUGUUGUCGAGUUCUUCUCAGUUCUCACGUCUUCGUUCUGUCUGUUUACUGCCUGCCUGGCACCCAACCCCGUCCCCCCGGUUUGUUUAAAAAAAAAAAUCAUUAGUGAUUCAGGUUUGGCUUCUUCAGGAAGUGGAUGAAGUAGUUUCUCAUUAUCUUUUUAUUUUUAGGUUCCUGCAUAACACUUCCGUACCAUAUGUACCACUACAACAAAAGAUUAGAUUAAAACAUUCCCAGUGAAUAUUAAAAAAAAAAAUUGAAUUUUUGUUUAUUGGUGAUGUGUUUAAGCUUUAAACUGCAAACUUUCUUUGCUUUUUUUUUCCCCCUUUUUCCUUUUUUUGUCUAUUCCUUAGGGCUU